GGAGGCGCGCUUGCCACUCCAGCUGGAGCCUCUCCCAGGACCGCUCCAGGCCGUGGGCGUUGCUGCGGCGCCUUCGCCGGGGUUUUUCGUAGAAAAGGGCACCGGAAGAGAGCUUUGCAACACUGGAACUCGCCGAGGAACUUUUUGCGGGGCGGCGCUUGGGAAGCCCACGUGGGACUGGAAAUUGACCAAAUUUAGGAGUUGCAACAAAUAAUCCGGGUUCGGAAAGAGAGUCAAAAAGCGCACCGCCGACCCAAGCUCUGGCAUCGCCCGGCUCCUCGCUUUUGCAAUGGGCGGCUUUUGCGAAGGCGCGUCCUGAACUACGCUGGGGAGCAUGGAAGGGGGCGGCUGCAAGCCGGGCGGCGCGGGCAGCCUCUGGCAGGACCCCUUGGCCAUUGCCCUCACGCCCAGCAAGCCCUUCUCGGCAGGCAGCCCCGGCAGCCGCGGGGGCAGCGGCCGGAGCCGCGCCUUGAGCGUCGUCUUCGUCUUCACCGAGGAUCAGGCCGAGCCGCUCCCGCUCCGGUGCUUGGAAGAAGCCUGCAGGGAGAUCCCGGCCGCCCAGCUGACGGUGCUGCCCUUCGGCACCGUGGGCCUGGGCGACAUGGGCGCCCUGGACAGUUUUUAUAAUGCAGACGUGGUCGUGGUGGAGAUGAGCAACAGGCUGUGCCAGCCCUCGCUGUUCUAUCACCUGGGGGUCCGCGAAAGCUUCAGCAUGACGAACAACAUCCUUCUGUGCUGUUACACUGACCUGCCAGAGCUGCAGGCCCUCCGGGAGGAGAUUUUCCAGAAGAACUCUGAUUGCAACUGCAGCUACACUUUCAUCCCUUAUGUGGUGACGGUUCAGAACAAGGUUUUCUGCUGCGACUCUGGCGUCAUGAUGUGCCUGAGUGAACUUUACCAGCCCAACUUCAAUAUGGAAGCCUUCUUCACCCCGCUAACAGAGCAGCUUGCCAAAUUGCUUGAGGGCACCUCUGCCAACUCCUGCGGCUACUUCCGAGAGAUGAUCCGGAGCGACAUCCGGAGGGCUCGAGAACGAUACAGCGGGGAACAGUUGAGCCGUGAGCUGACCAGCAUCCAGCAACGCCUGGACAGCGUCGAGUGCCUCAGCCUGGAUAUCGUCAUGAACUUCCUUUUAGCCUACCGUGAUGCUCAGGAUUUUGGUGCUAUCAUCACUCUGGUGGAGACCUUACAGGCCCUGCCCACUUGUGAAGUUGCUGAGCAGCACAACAUCUGCUUCCACUACGCCUUUGCUCUUGACAGGCGGAACCAGCCUGGUGACCGUGAGAAAGCUCUCUCUGUUCUUCUUCCGGUGGUGGAAAGGCCUGAAGGGGCAGCACCUGACCUGUACUGCAUGUGCGGCCGCAUCUACAAGGACAUGUUCAUCGAUUCUGGCUUCACAGAUGCUGAGAAGCGAGACCAGGCCUUUUACUGGUACCACAAGGCCUUCUUAUCGGAACCCAGCCUGCAUGCCGGAAUUAACUCUGUGGUCUUCCUCAUGGCUGCUGGGCACAAGUUCGAAACCUCCGUGCAACUCCGGCAGAUAGGUAUGAAGCUGAGCUGUGUCCUGGGCCGCAAAGGGUGCUUAGUGAAGAUGGAGCAUUACUGGGAUGUUGGUUUUUACCUGGGCGCAAGUAUUCUGGCUGCCGACAUGGAAAAAAUCAUUCAGGCCUCGGAGAAACUUUACAAGCUCAAUGCUCCUGUUUGGUACCUGAAUUCCAUCAAGGAGACCUAUACUAUAUAUAGUCAUUUCAAGACUGCUUCAGACAUAUGGUCACCCAAACAGGAGCUGGUAGAUUUCUGGCUGGGAUUCUUGAUGGAGUCAUGCCAGGCCUUUGUCUCCACAGAGCAAUGCCCGGUGCUGAUCCUAGAGCUGGCGAAAGUCUUGCAGCCCUCCCAACUUAGCACCUGCAAUACGGAGGGCAAGAGGUCCAUAACGCUGAGCCACAUCUGCUCCCCGGAAGAGGAAGGAAUUUCGACCUGGACGUUUCCAGCUUCUUCCAUCCGGGGAGUCAGCAUCUCCAAAUGUGACGAGAGAUGUUGCUUCCUCUAUGUAUUGCACACAGCUGAGGACUUCCAGUUGUAUUUCCCCACGCAGUAUCACUGCCGCUGGUUUUGUGAACUGGUCCGUUCUUUCAUGGCAGAAGCAGGCGAGGAAGCAAACAGCUGCAGCUCCCCGGAGGAGCUCGAGUACAGUUAUGAAUACACGGAAGCAGGUGACAGGGUGAUUCUGGGCAAGGGCACCUAUGGGGUGGUCUAUGCUGGGCGAGACCUCAGCAAUCAAGUGCGCAUCGCCAUCAAGGAGAUUCCGGAAAGGGACAGCAGGUACUCACAGCCCCUGCAUGAAGAGAUUGCGCUCCACAAGCGUCUGAAGCACAAGAACAUUGUCCGCUAUCUGGGCUCUGUGAGCCAAGGUGGCUUCCUCAAGAUCUUCAUGGAAGAGGUGCCUGGAGGGAGUCUUUCCUCUCUCUUGCGUUCCAUGUGGGGCCCCCUGAAGGACAACGAACCAACCAUCAUUUAUUACACCAAACAGAUCCUGGAGGGGCUGCGAUACCUCCAUGACAACCAGAUUGUCCACAGGGACAUUAAGGGAGAUAACGUCUUGAUCAACACAUACAGCGGAGUGUUAAAAAUUUCGGACUUUGGCACCUCCAAGAGGUUGGCAGGCAUCAGCCCCAAGGCAGACACCUUCACAGGUACCUUGCAGUACAUGGCUCCAGAAGUCAUUGAUCAGGGUCCUCGAGGUUAUGGCAAGCCAGCGGAUAUCUGGUCCUUGGGGUGCACCAUCAUAGAAAUGGCGACAGGGAAGCCCCCUUUCUUCGAGCUGGGCAGCCCACAGGCCGCCAUGUUCAAGGUAGGCAUGUUCAAGAUACACCCUGAAGUACCCGACUCGAUGUCAGGUGAAGCCAAGACGUUUAUCGUCAGCUGUUUCGAAGCCGAUCCAGACAAGCGUGCGACGGCUGCUGCGUUACUUCAGGAGACUUUCUUGAAGACGUCCAAUAGGAAGAAAACCAGGAGCCCUGCAGUGACAGAUGAAUUGGCUGUUCCUGCCGCACCGGAAAGGUCAGCUUCAGCAGAGGGCAUUGCUGAGUUCAGGAACUGCUCACCGUCCUUACAGGCCUUAACGCCACAGACUGAGAAUAUUUUUUUAUCUCCAAGUUCCAGUGAGGUGAUCCAGAGAUCCACUUACUUGCGGACCCCAGAGGAACUGUUCAACGGUGACCUCAACCUCUCCUCUUCCUCCCACGAGGAGAGUGGCUGCUUGUUCUUGCUGAAGAAAGAUAGUGAGCGGAGAGCCACACUCCACAAAGUCUUGACAGAGGAGCUGCCCAGUAUCGCGUCCACCAUACACAAGGCCCAGGACCAGAGCCCGUUGUCGUUGGAACAUAUCUCCCAGCUGGUGUCCACCCUCAAGAGCUACAUUCGCUCUCCCAACCGCAAGCAGCUCACCCAGGACCUUCUUCGGCUCCAAGCCCACUUGCAAGCAGAUCAGCUGAGCCUUUAUCACCUGCAGGCUCCGCUCUUCACCUUCCAAGACACGGUAAAGCAGGCGCUGAGGAGGCUCCAGAUCAAGCCACAUUGGGUGUUUGCACUGGAUAACCUCAUGGGGCAAGCAGUCCAGGCAGUUUUCACUGUCCUCUUAACAGAGCUCAAAGUGAAGCCGUGGCUCUCGCAGGGGGAAGGCUGUGAACUCCCAGUCAAUGAAGAAGAAGAGGAGGAAGGGGCGCUUUUGACGGAGGAAGAGCCAUGCACACAUAAAAACCAUGGCAGCGGCACGGCUAAGGGCAGUUUAGACACGCCAAGUUCUGGAAUUGACACUGGCAGCAACGGGAGCUGGCUGGACUCCCGGCAUCCCCUGAAGGGCCGCGGGCCCCUCCUUGCCCAGCUGAGCCACCUGCAGGCGGAGACACAAAGGUUGCAGUGGGAACUGUUGAAGAAGGAGCGUGAAUGCCAGAGACUCCUGCAUGAGGCACUGCAGAGGGUGGAACAGGACACCUGGGUUCUAAGAAGGGCCAAGCCGCUAGGCAUCUCUAGCUCUCCCCUGCUUCAUCUGUGGAAAAGGGAAGAAGAGUCUGUAGACCCCCUCCUGGUGGAAUGGUUGGAGCAGCAUGAGGUUGACAGAGACACCAUCGCGAAGCUCAUGGACCACGGCUUCACCCUGCCCAUCUUGCUGAACUGUGCUACCCAAGACGACCUCCGGUAUAUCUGCAUCAGAGGCGGAAUGGUGUGCUGUAUCUGGAGAGCCAUCACAGAAUAUCGGCAAGCACUUGGCCAGCAGUCCGGAGCAGAGUGAGAGGGCACGGCUGACAGAAUGCCUUCAGCUGUACGGACCCCAUCAUCGG